UGUGCCCAGUGAGUCUAAAGUGACCAGCUUUUUUUUUUUUUUGUGAUUGCUGAUGGUGCAAACAUGGCAACACUAGUUAGCAAAGCAGGUACUGCAAUUACUAAAACCCACCUUCCUUGCCUAGGAUUGUCCAGUCCACUAUGUCCCACUUGGAGAGGGAAGCAGCAUACCUUUCUCUCUUCUUAUGCUCUUCCCCACCCAGCUUGGGGCAGGAGAGCAGUGUGUCAGGUCCCUUGAUAAUACAUUUCCUGUGCUAACUCUCCCAUUAAACCAAGGAGAGGAAGCAUCAAAACCCUUUCUACAAGGUUCUGGGGGUGGAAAUUAGAAGUAGACUUGAAAGAGAGGAAAGAAAGAAAGAAAGAAAAGGAGAAAAGAGAAAGAAACGGAGAAAGACUGAAAGUGGGUGGACGAGGGGGAAGGAAGCCAGUGCCAUUCCUCAGCUGGUGGCUGAGAGUCCAAUACAAACUUGAAGUGCUUUGACACUUGUGUGUUAAGCUGUGAGUUAGACAAGUCCUCCCUUCAGAAGGGAAGAAGACUCUGGAGGAUAGCUGAGGGGGAGCAUAAUUCUUCUGUGUCCCUGUCCAAGCUCUGAGGAAGGAGACACCUGGAAGAAAGAGAAAUCUGCAUGCCCACGGGAUAAACUUCUGUUGGUCUCUGUGGGUCACUGAGGAAGAAAGGACAGAGAGAGCAGGUGGUGAAGACAGGAGAUAUUGCCUCAUUAUCAGACAAGACAGAGUGUUUGGCUGUCAUGGAUCUGAAGUGCCACUCCCUUUCUCAGCUCCUUGGUUCUCUGAGAGCUGGUAAGGCAUGCUGCUGAGCAGGGCUUGUAAAGGACUAGGGAACUCUGAUAGGCUGUAUUGUUCAAUGUGGGAAGUGGGCUCUCCAUGACUAUUUUGGUGUUAGCCCAGGUCUUUCUGCAUUACAUCCUCCUUCCCUUGCUGCUGCCUGGGCUAAACUGAUAAAAGGUCCAGGCAAGCCAAGGAGGAAAUGCAUUAGUGACUGCUUGGGCUAUAACUUCUUGCACAGCUGGAAUGCAUGUUUUGACCCUGGCCUGAUGGCAUCAGAAACUGGAGAGGAAGCCCAGUGUGGCAACUUCUCCGAUGACAGCAGCGAUGAUGGUGGUCUUGGGGAGGACAGCCCAGUCACUGGCCUACUGGGCACAAUCCUGACAGUCAUGUGCCUCUUUGGGAUGAUGGGGAACAUUUACACACUGGUGGUGGCAUCCAGUGGCAUCUCUGGCCGCUCAGCUGGCUCUCUGGGCGUCUACGUGAUCAACCUGGCCCUGGCUGACCUCCUUUACCUGUCCACCAUCCCCUUCGUGGUGUGCACGUAUUUCGCCCAUGACUGGUUCUUUGGGGAUGUGGGUUGCAGGCUGUUGCUCAGCCUGGACCUCCUCACCAUGCAUGCCAGCAUCUUCAUGCUGACUGCCAUGAGCCUGGAGAGAUACUGGGCAGUAACCAGGCCACUGAGGGCCAGGUGGGCUGCAAACAGCUAUCGCAGACUCACUAGCUUGGCCCUCUGGCUUCUGUCACUCUUGCUCACUGUACCCAUGAUGGUCAUGAUCCAACUGAGGGACAGCAGCAGCCACAAGAAGCGGAUCUGCUUCCCCACCUGGACACCUGAAGCCUUUCGCAUUUAUCUCACGGUGCUCUUCACCACAAGCAUCCUGGCUCCUGGCCUGAUCUUGGGCUUUGUCUACUUCCACCUCGCCCGAGCCUACUGGACUUCAGUGGUAGAGACACAGCCACGGGCAACGGGCCGGGCCUCCAAGCAGAAGCUUUUCUCCAGGAUCUUCAGCAUCAUUGCAGCCUACUGGUCCUGCUUUGUCCCCUUCUGGGCCUGGCAGCUAGCCAAGCUAUAUGGGGCUGAGGGCCUGGGGAUCAGCCCUACUGCUCAGGCAUACCUUAACUUUGGCGUGACCUGCCUGACCUAUGGUAACAGCUGCAUCAACCCCUUCCUCUACACCCUGCUCACCAGGAACUACCGUGAAUACCUGGCCCACCGAGGGGAGAGGCAGGCAGGUGAGAGAAUCCUCUUCUGGAGAGGGAAGCAAGGCAGGGUCCUAACUGAAGGCAUGCCUGGUGCCUCUGAUGGACUGCCCAACAUAGGCCGGGGGCUUGAGAAAGGAAAGCAGAGGGAAGCCCCUGGCAAUUAAACUCUGCAAGCAGUUUCAACUGGGGCUUAAUGCAGCUUUCUAUUGAUGCUUAUUAGUCUCAUGUGGAAUAUGAAAUAAAUACAGCUCUGCCUUCUAUAGUGCCUGCAGUGUCUUUUGCUUUCUUAUUGAGCUAUACUGAUAGUCUUCACC